UGAUUUCUUUAUGUUAUUCAUCAAUCACAAGGGUAGAUUUGUCACUCUCGAAGGGCAUGAGUAUUAUUAUGGUGAUUUUGUUGCCACGGUUACUGGGUUGGAUGCAGAUAGGCUAGGUUAUUUUGACAUCGAAGAUCAAAUAAAGAAGCUGGGAUAUGAAAACUGGGGUAGAAUAUGUUAUAAGCAUCGGACAACACAUGAGUUUCAGGAUAUAAAAGAUGAUGCUGGUGUUAUGGCAUGUUUGGGUCAAAUGCAGAGAAACAGAAGAUAUGUUGAAAUAUUUGUGCAAACUGAACAACUGAACAAACCGUCUGUGGUUUCUGAAGUUGCUGCUGUUUGUCAACAAGAAAAGUCAAAUAGGAAUAGGGUACCUGAAGUUGCUGUUGUUUGUCAACAAGAAAAGUCAAAUAUGAAUAGGGUAUCUGAAGUUGCUGAAGUACACCAAGCAAAGGAUACUAGUGAAAAGUUGGGUGAGUUUGCUUUAGAUGAAAGUGAGGAUGAGGAGUAUGAACCAUCUGGUGAAUCUUCAAGUAAUGAUGGUUUGUCUGAUGAAGAUUUAGGGACAGAUGAUGAGGAGUAUCUUCAGGCUAGGAGAGAAGCUUUGAACUCCAGACAGUCAACAGAUGAUGGAGAUGCAAACAUGUCAUUUGCACAACCAUCUUCACAUCAUGAGGCUGAUGACAACAAUAUACCUACAAGAGAUAAUGAGUCAGAAUAUGAAGAUUCUGAAGGGAAUGUCAACACUGAUUCAUCUAGUGGUGAUGGUCUUGGUGAUGAUGAUGAUGAAGCAAGGCCUAAGAAGAAAAAAAUACUGAAAUUGGAGAGUGGCAGUGUAUUCAAAUGUUUUUAUGUAGGUUUUAGUGCACUAAGACAAGGUUUCUUGCAAGGCUGUAGGCCAAUUAUUAGCCUUGAUGGGGCUUUCUUGAAGACCUUUUUAGGAGGUGUAUUAUUGUGUGCUGUUGGGAAGGAUGGAAACAACCAGAUAUUUCCUUUGGCAUGGGCAGUUGUGGAUUCUGAGAAUGAGAGCACUUGGAAAUGGUUUCUAGACAUACUUUUUCAAGAUUUGGGGAUAUCAUAUGGACUUGGAUGGACAUUUAUCAGUGAUCAGCAAAAG